AUGGACUUCUUCACGUUCGCCCUGGGCUACGUGGCCCUGACGGCCUUCCUGCUGCUCAUCAUGCUCUUCGGCGAGUCCCCGGCGUUCAUCGGCACGCCCGUCGCCUGGUGCCACUACGCCAUCACCACGUGGCCGUGCGACGCUGCCCAAUGGCUUGUUGCAAAGUGCUUUGGCAGGCGUGGGGAGCGGGCAUUCGAGGAUGUUGCGGACUGCUGCUGCGAGUCUUCAAACCCAGCCCUGCAGAUCAUGUACCUGCUCAUCAUGGGAGGCUCCUACUACCUCUACCUCACGCACCUCUUCGUCUUGCUGCCAAGCCCAUUGGCAGGGAGGUAUCACAU